CGAGCAGUUGUUUAUACUUCGUGACUGAAUCGUGAUACAGCCACUGUUUUCAAAAACCAAGAUGGUCGAUGAUCAUAUCGUUGCAGUUGGAAGCUUAAACGACUGUGAAUUAUUGGUAGAAAAAUUCUCCCUUUUAGCAAAAACUAAUCUUAGUUUUGCAAACUUUGCACUGAUAUGGAAAAAGUCAAAUUUUGAAUUGAUAUUUUGUGGACGGAGUUCUGAUGAACUCCCUCAGCUUGCCAGUGAGCUCUUGGAGAUAGCAAAAACUAUUGUUUUGAAUACCAGCCACACAUUUGAGUCAAGAGUUGGUGGACUCUAUCUGAUGUAUGGAUUUUAUUUUACCCAGCAAUCUAAAUCCAAGAUCCGCUUUACAUUGUGUGAAUUCCAAGAAUUUAUGAUGUUUGUAAUUGAACUGAAGGAACGGGAUGUUCUGGAAGCCCAGUUUAUUUUUUAUAAACUAUUUCUCAGCAAAGCCUUUUUAUUUUGUACUUCUAGCACACCCAACAAGAAAACAAAAAAAAUUUAUGCCUUGUUAAAUCCACAGCGCCAGUUAGAGGAAGAGGUUGACCAUGGGAAUAAUGUGAUUGAUUAUGAAUGUAGAUUAAUUGACUGUGAAGGUUUAUCUAUGAACAGCCUCACAGAUGUUGAUAUCUUGCACACAAAGUACGAAGAAGUUAAAACUAAUUUACCAGGUUUUGUCACUGAAAAUUCUUCAUCUGCUGCUUCAAACAAAAAUUUCCCUAGUGAACUAAGGACAACAUUAGAUUUGCUCAAGUCAGAAAUUCUGAAGAGUAAUGGAUGUAAUAUUAAACGUGGGAAAUCAGUGAUUAGCUCUGAAGUAGAAGAGAAUCAAGGAGUAAUUCGUAGAAAAAUUGUUAACUCGUCAUUUCAGUCGCAACGCUUAUCACGCCGUCUGCCGGGAAGUGGUAGAUCAGACGAAAGUGCUCGUAGAGCAUUAUUGUCGAGGUCGCCAAAUUCAUAAAACAGCAUCAUAUUCUUACCAUUAUUUACCGAUUUACACAUCGGUAAAUCCUACAUACCAGGAAAGGUUGUAGCGUUAUGCAGGGAAAAACCCGUUUACCAAUCCCUCCCAUUGGAAGCAAGAUCAAGGAAUUCCAGGAAAAUAAACCAUACAAACUCAGUUGCAAGGGCGAGUUAAGGAGGUGGAGAAAUCUGAUUUUGUAUUCCUUCCGCGCAUUAAGCAAAAUAAACAAGAAAAAAAAUAAA